AUGUGGCAAAUGUUAUCAGUCGUAAGGAGGAACCUCCAGAACAGGAGGAAGAGCUCUAGGGUUGCCGAUGAAGGUAUGUCCGGAGGUGGCCAGAACGGAGCUGUCUUUGCGCAAGAACUGGACGGGCUGGCGCCACGGCGCGGGUGGAGCGGCCUGUCGAUCAUAUGCGGCCUCGUGCAGGCCCCGUUCACGGUACUCUCUUGCCUGUCUCAUCCUCACGUGAACGGUGCUGAUGGGGUGUGGGCUUCUGGGCAUGAGUUCGUGCAGAUUUCGGAGAUGAAUCACCUCAUGGUCAACGACAGCAUGCGGUAUGCAAUCUUGAUGUAG